AAAAAGGGGAAAUAAAAAUAGCGGUUGCCAGCUAAUAACACACCCCAUAAAUCCACGCUUAUACUUACAGCUAAUCCUCACUUCCACAUUUGUCUCUCUCUCUCUCUCUCUGUUCAAAUGUAGAAAUUAACCCCCAAAAAAUUGAAUCAAGAAAAAAAAAAAAAGCUUCAUUGCUAAAAAAUUUAAUAAAAAAACUUUUUUUUUUAAUUGGAGAUAAGAUUACAGGCGGUUGUGCGUAGAUUCAGUGCAACCAAAAUUCCGAUGACAACAACGUUCAGUCCAGGUCGGAGCCCGGGAAGUUCGAGGCUUCAGUUAGGCACGGCCAGUGGAGUGUCCAGGCUUAGAUCUUCGUCGCUUAAGAAGCCACCCGAGCCGUUGCGUCGGGCGGUGGCGGAUUGUCUCUCGUCCUCGUCGUCUUCUUCUUCGUCUCCUUCGGCGGUGACUGGAGGAGUUAGCUCGUAUCACCAUGGGAGUCCUUCUUUGGUUUUAACUGAAGCUUCGAGGACGCUUCGGGACUAUCUGGCAGCACCUUCAACUACUGACCAGGCUUAUAUUGUUAUUUUAGAGCAUACAAUUGCAGAAAGAGAACGCAGCAUUACUUUUGGAACAGUGUUUAUACUAUUUUUCUUUGCUGCUAAUGUGGCUAUAAUUUGUGCCAGCCCAGCUGUAGUGGGAAGGUGUGUGGCACUCUUGAAGCGAUUCCUUUUAAGAUAUAAGCCCAGUGAGGAGACAUUGCUGCAAAUAGACCGGUUUUGUGUUAACUUAAUUGUUGAAUGUGACAUUAGUCCAAAUCGAAGAUUGUCACCUUGGUCCCGAUCAUUAAAUCAACAAUCUGGUUCAUCAACAGCAUCAACUUCAUCUGCAAGUGCUUCACCUUCAUUGCCUGUAUCUAGUUUCGCUUCUAUGGCACUUGUAAAGUCAUUGAAUUAUGUGAGAUCCCUAUUGGCAAAACAUAUUCCAAAGCGGUCAUUCCAACCGGCAGCUUUUUUUGGAGCGACCUUGGCAUCAAGACAGUCGCUUCCUACGUUGUCAUCUUUGUUGAGUAGAUCCUUCAAUUCCCAGCUAGGGCCUGUGAAUGUUGGAGAAUCUUCUGAGAAGAAAGAUGCUACAACUUUAUCUGUUUCAAACUUGUCAAGCAUUGAGGAAGCUGAUGGUAUAGAGAAUCCUGAAUAUAUCGCACAUGAUGCUUUGAAAUGGCGCUGGCUUGGGGAUCAUCAUUCAUCAUUAAUGUUUUCUGAAAGUGAUCGAUCAGUGACUGUUCAAGACAUGAGAACACGUAAUUUCUUAGAAGUAGGAGCUGCUGCUUUACUUGUAGGAGACAUGGAAGCUAAAAUGAAGGGCCAGCCCUGGAAAUAUUUUGGCACUGCUGAUAUGCCUUAUCUUGAUCAACUCUUACAGCCCUCAUCAGUCACCACAAUUGCCAAUUCUGCUUCUGCUCGCUCUCACUUGAGAGCAAUAACAGCUUUGAAACGCAGUAAAGGAGGACCUCGUCAAAUUUGGGAUGAUUCUCCACCAAGCACAUUCCGCCCACGUGCCAAGCGACUUUUCCAGUAUCGUCAUUACAGUGAACAACAACCUCUGCGAUUAAAUCCUGCUGAGGUAUGCGAGGUUAUUGCUGCUGUCUGCUCUGAGACAUCUUCGACAAAUGCUAAUACCAUGACGGUAUCUUCUAGAUUAAGUAAUAACAGCAGAAAGCCAUCAAUGGAUGUGGCUGUUAGCGUCCUUAUUAAGCUGGUUAUUGACAUGUAUGUCUUGGAUUCUGGAACUGCUGCUCCUCUCACUCUGUCUAUGCUUGAGGAGAUGCUUAGUUCUCCAAGAACGGCCUGUAGGGUGCGUGCUUUUGAUUUAAUUCUAAACCUUGCAGUCCAUGCUCACUUGUUGGAACCAAUGAUAAUUGAUGAUAAUUCUGCAAUUGAAGAAGAAUAUUCUCAAGAAUUACUUUUAAAUGGUGAAGACCAGCUUACCACACAAGGGAUAAGGAAAUUAGAUUCUGCCAAGAAGUUGGGCACCUCCUCAGCCAUUGAUAAAUUUGAGUCUUGGAUUUUAAACAUUUUAUACGAGAUACUUCUUCUUCUUGUUCAGUACUUGUUGCAGACUGAGGAGAAGGAAGAGUCUGUCUGGGCUUCUGCCCUAAGCUGUUUACUGUAUUUUGUCUGUGAUAGAGGCAAAAUCUCAAGAAAUCGAUUAAAAGGACUUGACAUUAGGGUUGUCAAGGCACUUAUAGAGACUAGCCGGGCAAAUUCCUGGGCUGAACUUGUUCAUUGCAAGCUUAUUUGUAUCCUAACUAACAUGUUUUAUCAAGUACCUGAUGAAUCUACUACGGCCAUCAUGAGUACUGCAAGCUUUCUUAUUGACCAGGUUGACCUGAUUGGAGGAAUUGAUUUUAUCUUCAUUGAGUAUUCACUGUCAACCUCAAGGGAAGAAAGAAAACAUCUGUAUUUGGUGCUUUUCGACUAUGUUUUGCAUCAAAUAAAUGAAACAUCAAUGUCGACUGGAGUUUCUGAAUAUAGUGCUGAUGAGAUUCAGCCUAUUGCUACACUGCUCGCUUUGGCUGAUGCACCUGAAGCCUUUUAUAUUUCUGUUAAGCUAGGGGUGGAGGGCAUCGGGGAGCUUUUGAGAAGAUCAGUUUCUGCUGCAUUAUCUAGAUACACUAACAGUGAGCGAUUAAAUAAGCUUUUGGAAAAUAUUACAGAGAAAUUGGAUACGAUAAUAAGUUCAUUUACUCAUUUGGACAAAGAGUUCUUGCAUCUAAAACAGAUAACAAAAUCCAACAAGUUCAUCAACAGUAUUGAGCAUUCAUCUCUGCAAAAUGGUGUUGCAAUGAAAGCAAAGCUUGCUUGGGCCAUUUUACAUUCUCUACUUCAUUCAGAUAGAAUCUCUUACCGCCAAAAUGGAUUUAUCUGGUUAGGUGAUCUGCUUAUUGCUGAAAUAAGGGAGUCAAGGAAUGGGAGUAUAUGGUCUAAUUUGAAGACCUUGCAGAAUAAAAUUUCUUAUGCUGGUGUUCAUGAUUCCUCUGAUCCUUCUGAUGUACCUUUGUCUAUUUGGCUGAUUUGUGGUCUUCUGAAGUCAAAGAACAACAUUAUUAGGUGGGGCUUUCUAUUUGUUCUGGAGAGGCUUCUCAUUCGGUGCAAAUUUUUGUUAGACGAGUGUGACAUGCAAUGUUCAAGCAACAGUGAUGUUGGCCCUGAUCGUAAGGAUGCCCGACUUGAGAAAGCAAAUGCAGUGAUAGAUAUCAUGAGUAGUGCUUUGUCCUUGGUAGCUCAAAGAAACGAAACAGACCGCAUGAAUAUUUUAAAGAUGUGCGACAUUCUAUUCUCUCAGUUGUGCUUGAAAGUUCCCCAUUCAACUGUGAUGCCAUUUGGACAAGGAAUACAGCAAACUAAAGUUUUUACUCGUACAGAUGGAAUUAGAAAAACUAGUGAUGCUGAGCUUGUAUCUCAACAAGCAAGCUGUCGCUGGGAUGAACUAAUGGAGGAAACUGAUAGCAAAUCAGGCUACACUGUUAGUAGUCCUCUGAUACGUGCGACAGCUUCUAUGGCUGCACUACUACUUCGAGGACAAGCCAUUGCUCCAAUGCAAUUAGUUGCACGUGUUCCAGCUGCUUUGUUUUAUUGGCCUUUGAUUCAACUUGCAGGUGCAGCAACUGACAACAUUGCACUAGGUGUUGCUGUUGGAAGCAAAGGACGAGGGAACCUUCCUGGUGCUACUUCUGAUAUUCGGGCUACCCUUCUUUUGCUUCUAAUUGGUAAAUGUACUGCAGAUCCUACAGCUUUUCAGGAAGUUGGUGGAGAAGAAUUUUUCAGGGAACUUUUGGAUGAUACUGAUUCUAGGGUGGCAUAUUACUCUUCAGCUUUUCUAUUGAAGAGAAUGAUGACUGAAAAACCAGAAAAGUACCAACACAUGCUACAAAAGCUUGUUUUUAAAGCUCAACAGAGUAACAACGAAAAGCUGCUUGAGAAUCCAUAUCUUCAGAUGCGUGGGAUAUUUCAGUUGUCAAAUGAUCUUUGAGCUCGGUUGUAUUUGAUCAUUCCUUUAUGCAAAGUUUAAUAUACAUAGUGGCGCACUGCAGUGUUCAUUAACAUGACUUUCCUUUGCUCAUGAUAUCUCAACCCUGGCAACAUUUGGCCUGAUUCUUUGAGUCCAUUGUUGAUGUACGCCUGAUUUUGUGAGCCUCCAUAAGAUGGUCUGAAGUCGUAACUAGUUCAGAGCCGCAAAAUUAUUGAAUUUAGGCCAACGGUGUGAGAUUCCAAGCCUGGCUCCCAAAUAUUUGAGUGACAGUGUAAAUUCUUUGAAUACUGCUAAUAUGUGCUCCCAAAUCUGCUGUAGAAAUAGAGGAAUGCCAGGAAUAAAAAUGAAGUGACUGGAGCUAUUGAUUCAUCUGCCUUUUCAGUUCUGCGACUGGAUUGUGUAUAUCAUGCCUUUGAACAUAUCUUCAGUUAUUCUCGUGCCUUACACAAAUACAGAAGAAUUUCUGGGCAACUCCAGGUACAUAAUUAGAUUUCCCGUGGCCUUCCUUUUUUACAAAUGAUGAGGGCGAGUUAGCGUUGGCUACUUUUUAAAGGCCAUCUUUAGUAAUAAAAAAAAAAAACUUUAACU